AUGGCAGAAACACCAACAAGGCAACAAGUCGGGUAUUGAGGGAGGCGACUGGGGAGUUUUCGUGUCGUGCGACUUGGGAAAGGAAGGAAAGUGUAUGGCAGAGGUAGUGGAUGUUUUCUCGCAGGUUAGUAGCAUGAAGGGCAGACUUUGCGCAUAGGAAAAAAAAAAAACCCACGGUAUCUGGCAGACUGAUAAAUGCUCCUCAAUCUAACUUAUUUUGUUUUUUUAUCUCCAGAGUGUGGAGUCAUCCAGCAGUGACAGUUAUGGAGACAAGCCCGACUCGGAUGAGGAGGAUGACGAUGAUGACAUCGAGGCCCUAAUCAGAAAAGAGGUCGAAGGACUGAAGCCCAGCGCGAGCAAGUCGCGCCCGUUUCAUGCCAUCAGAAUGGAUUUGCCGUGUCUGUUGUUUGUGCGAUUUGACAAAUCCAUCAAUCCAGAGGAAAUGGUACAUAAACUUUGCUUAGAUGCAGCUGCCAACCCUGAAAAGAAGCGAUCUCGAUACAUCCAACGCAUGACACCUGCAAUUUCCGUUCGCAAAACUCUCAGUGUCGACCUGGAGUCUUUUGCACGGGAAGUCCUCAAACCGCAUUUCCAUUCCGGGGGGCCUCCCAAGAAGUACGCAAUUCGGCCUGUCGUGCGAAGCAACAAGAAGUUCAAUCGCGACAUAGUCAUCAAGACUGUUGCAGAUGUCGUGGGGCCCGAGCAUCCUGUUGAUCUCAAGAACUAUGACUUGAUCAUCCUCGUCACCGUUAUCCAGAAUGUCAUUGGCAUGAGUGUUGCCGGAAGCGACUACGAUCGGUUAAAGAAGUAUAACCUGGCCGAGUUAUACAGUCCAGCAGCGACAUCAGAGGCAGAGGCCGCUGAAUCUACGAAGGACUAACCCCACAUUCUCCCCGAGGAACUUUUGGACGAACAACUGGCGUAGGGCAAAUCUUGAAUGAGUGGCGAAGUGUGAUCGCCUCAUCAGUUCCACGAAGACAAAAGCUAGAAAUGUGUAUAUACAAAGUUUGCGAUAUCCUAACAACUGAAUUGCCCUCUC